UUUAGUACCUCAUCUGAUGUAAGGGACCGAAAUAUUCACUCAUAUCCGAAAUUCGCAUGAGCGAUCCCUGGCCGGGCGCCACAUUGGGACAUGCGUCAGCAUCACCGCUGCCUUUGUUUUGAUUAUGAACAGCGCAAAUCGCCAACGCUCCUGCCAUUCAGCUCUUAUGACGGCUUAUUAAACCUUACCUCAAUUCAUUCCAACUUAUCGCAUUCUAAAUUCGUAAUCGUUGUUUCUUAAAACUAUCUCACCUACCUACUUGCCGUCAAAGUCCGCAGAUCUCCAGGUAGCAGAACGCCAUGCGAUUCAAUUCCGCAUUUCUCGGCCCUCUAGGCCUGCUGAUCGCAUCCCCAAUCGGCGCCACUACCGCGUACCCCAACUCCUCCAUCCCAAUCGACCAGCGCAGCGCGGCCGAGGUCGUCGCACAGCUGAACCUCAUCCCCAACGACGAGAAAGGGUACUACCUCCAAACCUUCGAGGACCCGGAAUCCGUGAUCCGGACGGCGGCGAACGGCACGCAGUCGACGCGGUCCGCCAGCACCCUCAUCUACUACCUGCUCGAGGGCAGCGCGGGCAGCUCGUACUGGCACCGCGUCGACGCCGUCGAGGUCUGGCACUACUACGCGGGCGCGCCGCUGACCCUGUCGCUGUCGCGCAACGACGGCGCGCCGCCCGUCGAGAAGCUGCUCGGCCCCGACGUGUUCGACGGCCAGCAGCCGCAGGUCCCGAUUCCGAAGGGCACGUGGCAGAGCGCGCUGUCGCAUGGGGCGUGGACUUUGGUCGGGACUACCGUGGCGCCGGGGUUUGUCCCGGACGGUGUGGAACUUGCGCCUCCCGGCUGGGAACCAAAUGGAGCUUGAGACGGUAACUUGAAAUACAGAUAUCAAUUACGAUAAUUAGACAUUAGAUGGGUUCGGAAAUUUUACCGUUUCCGCCGUACUCACAUAGAAUAUUGAAAAGUUUCGUUUCUACUCUAUUCACUAUUCGCUAUAUUAAUAAGGUUAUACCUAAACGGAGAUAUAGCAAUUUCCCAGGCACGUUU